CAUCUAUUAAGUGAUCGUCACUUGAAUACAAAGCCACUACAAUGGGUAACGUGUUGGCCAGUGCACCCCCACCCCCACCCCCACCCCAGUUGGCACCCACACCACCAGCGACUCAGACACCGGCCGAUGUGAGCGCCGGUGACAACGACCUGAACCCGGGAUCGAUGGAAGAGCUGCACAAGAAGUGCAAAGAGGUGUUUCCGAUGCCCUUCGAUGGCGUGCGAGUGGUGAUCACGAAAGGGCUGAGCAAUCACUUUCAGUUGACUCAUACCCUCAAUAUGUCGAACGGGGUGUCCGUCCCAUCGGGCUAUCGGUUCGGCGCCACAUAUAUCGGCACUAAACAGACGUCGCCCACAGAGGCCUAUCCCAUACUGUACGGCGAGGUGGACCCCCAGGGGAACCUCACCUCCAGAAUACUGCAUCUGUUUGGCGAUCGCGUCAAAGUACAAGCCGGCGCUCAGAUCCAGGAGUCCAAGUGCGUGAUGGCACAACUCACCACCGACUACAGGGGCCGCGACUUCACCGCAUCCCUCACUUUAGGCAACAUUGACUUAAUUAACUCGUCCGGAGUGGCAGUCCUUCACUACUUGCAAAACGUUAGUGAAAGAGUAGCCUUAGGGGGAGAACUCGCCUAUCAAUACGGCCCACAAGUGCCCGGAUAUGAAAUCGCCGCGCUAUCACUGGCCGGUCGCUACUCGUCUCCCAAUAGUUUCACAUUAAGCGGAACUUUAGGCAAUACCGGCGCUCAUCUCUGUUACUAUCAAAAGGGUGGCGAAAACAUUCAGGUUGGCGUAGAAGUGGAGACCAACCUAAGA